GCUACUAUUACCUGAAAUCAGGUGCCAUACAUGUCAGCAACGUAAUUUUUGUUCGAUACACUCCUUUGUGAGCUUUGAUGCCCGGUUGAAGGUAAUUUGCUUUAUUGGACGAGGGAUUCAUAUCAGCAUCAGAGGGAGUAAGAUCACUGGCAAGCCAUCCACAAAGCAAAAUUAUAAUACUUAAAUGCAUCUUCCUUCUUUGAAACGAAGAAAGCUCAAUUCUAUUAUCACCGAAUGCAAAUGCAUUAGCUUUGCAGCUAUAUCCGAGGAAUGAGAAGGGCCUUCUCCGUAUCCACCAUACAAAAUUUCUCUCCGAAACCAAACCAAAUCUCUUACCCGUACCUCUCCCUCAUUGAGAAAUGCAACAAUUUGAAAGAUUCGAACAAGAUUCACGCCCACAUUAUCACCCUCGGCCUCGCCAAUUUCACCUACAUCACCAGCCGCAUCCUCUCUUUCUAUGUUGCCCGCAACGUUAUGCAUUAUGCAGUCCGGCUGUUCGAUCAAAUCCCAACACCUACGAUCUUCAAUUGGAACGCCAUGAUGAUCGGCUUCUCGAAAAGCCCAAGACCCGAAAAGAGUCUCUUCGUUUACAGUCGAAUGAGAUGUCGAGGUGUUUCUCCUGAUAUGCACACGUUCCCCUGUUUGAUCAAGGCCUGUAGUGAUCGAGCAUCAAUGUCACAGGUUCAUGGGCAGGCCAUUAAGUUCAGUUUUGACGGUGAUGUGUUUGUGACAAGUUCAUUGAUCAGUGGGUAUUGUAGAUUGAGUGAGGUUGAGCUUGCUUAUAACGUGUUCGAUAAAAGUCCUAACAGAAAUGUUGUGUGUUGGACUAGCUUAAUAAGUGGAUAUUCGAGUUGCGGACUAGUGGAAAAGGCACGGGAGAUCUUUGAUAGAGCACCUGAGAGGAAUGAUGUUUCUUGGAGCGCGAUGAUUUCAGGGUACGUUCAGAACGAAAGGCAUUUAGAGGCAAUUGAAUUGUUUCGUGAGUUGAGGGAUCGAGUACGUGUGAAGUUGAAUAGGGCUCUUCUUGUGAGUGUUUUGACUGCUUCUGGUGCAUUGGGCGCUUCGGAUGAAGGCAAAUGGAUUCAUGCUUAUAUUGAUGAGAAAGGGUUUGAGUAUGGACCCGAGCUCGGUACUGCAUUGGUUGAUUUCUAUGCAAAGUGUGGCCUGAUAGAAUGUUCGAGAGAAGUGUUUGAUAAAAUGCCUAGGAAAGACGUGACGGCUUGGAGCGCGAUGAUCAUGGGUGAAGCUUUAAAUGGACAUUGCCAAUCUGCACUUAAAAUUUUCUGUGAAAUGUUGGAGAAUAAGAUUAUGCCAAAUGCUAUAACAUUUAUUGGUGUCCUAACUGCCUGCAACCAUGGAGGUUUAGUUGACGAAGGACGUUUGUAUUUUGACAGUAUGAGCAAAUCCUAUAGUAUAAAUCCUUCAAUUGAGCACUAUGGGUGCAUUGUCGAUCUCCUAAGCCGUGCAGGGUGUACAGCUGAAGCAGAUAUGUUGAUACAAAAAAUGCCGAUGGAGCCUGAUGCGGCCAUCUGGGGCUCUUUGCUUAAUGGGUGCAUGAUGCAUGGGCACGUUGAGCUUGGUGAGAGAGCUGGGAGGCGAGUGAUUGAGCUUGAGCCAGGGCGUUGUGGAAGAUAUGUUUCGUUGGCGAAUGUUUAUGCGAUGGUGGGGAGGUGGGAGGGGGUUAUGGAGGUGAGGAGGGCGAUGAGGGAGAGGGGAGUGAAGAUUACUCCUGGUUGGAGCUUGAUUGAGGUUGAUGGGGUUGGACACAGGUUUUUGGUUGAUGAUAAGGUUCAUCCUCAGUUGGGGGAGAUAAGCAAGAUGUUGGAGUUGGUGUCAUCUUGCUUGGAGAGGAUGAAGGAUGAAAGUCUGUAGUUCUCAUACUGCAACGUGGUAUUUAGUUCCAUAAGAUUUUGAGGGUAACCUCGUGCUUGAUUGUUAACUUAUUAUGAAGUCCUGCAGGAAUUUUGCCUGGAGGUCUUCCUUGUCUUUUUCA